CGCGCCCCACAGCCUUCCCUUGUCACACAGCACUCCUCGCCACCACCAACCAGCAGCACUGCGUCUGCAGGACACUCGAGCUAGCUAGCUUGCUUCUGUCGGCGGCGGUGUAUUGGCCGGAGACGAUGAUGAUGAGGUCGGCGGUUGUGGCGGUGGCCGUGGUGCUGGCGGUGGCGCUGGCGGCGGAGGCGAGCGAGCUGAAGGUUGGGUACUACGACAAGAGCUGCCCCGGCGUGGAGAACGUGGUGAAGUGGCACGUCGCCAAGGCCCUCAAGGCCAACCGCAAGACCGGCGCCGCCCUCGUCCGCCUCAUCUUCCACGACUGCUUCGUCAGGGGGUGCGACGCGUCGGUGCUGCUGGAUCCAACCCCAGAGAACCCGGCGCCGGAGAAGACGGCGCCAGUAAACAUCGGCCUCGCCGCCUUCGAGCUCCUGGACGAGAUCAAGUCGGCGGUGGAGGACCGCUGCCCGGGCACGGUCUCCUGCGCCGACAUCCUCAUCUACGCCGCCCGCGACGCGGGCAGCCUCAUGAGCAACGGGCACGUCUACUUCGACGCCCCCGCCGGCCGCCUCGACGGCAUGCACUCGCACGCGGCGGACGCGCAGCACGACCUUCCGGACUCCACCUUCAACAUCGGCGAGCUCAUCCAGAAUUUCAAGCGCAAGAACUUCACGAUCGAGGAGAUGGUGAUCCUCUCCGGCGCGCACGCCAUCGGCGUGGGCCACUGCUCGUCGCUCCGCGCCCGGCUCACGGCGCCCAAGGAGCAGAUCCUGCCGGCGUACCGCGGCCUCCUCGCCGGUAAGUGCGGCGCGGGCCCCGACCCCAUCGUGACGAACAACAUCAGGGACGAGGACCCCAAGGCGAUCGCGGCCACGGUCCCGAGCUUCCUCCCGAAGCUGAGGAAGUUUGAGUUCCUGGACAACAGCUACUACCACAACAACCUGGCCAGGAUCGUCACCUUCAACUCCGACUGGCAGCUGCUCACCGAGAAGGAGGCGAGAGGCCACGUGCACGAGUACGCCGACAACGGCACCCUCUGGGACGAGGACUUCUCAGACUCGCUCCUCAAGCUCAGCAAGCUGCCAUUGUUGCCGCACGGCAGCAAGGGAGAGAUCAGGAAGAAGUGCCGCUACGUCAACCACUACUAGCUCUCGGCCAAAUAAUCGAUCUCCGAGGUUUUUUUUCAUCAUGGGAUAAAACUGUAUCGAUCCGUCACACGUUUGAUUAUUCGUUUGUUGUUAUGUUUCUUUUUUUCCUUUUUCUUUCUUCCAUCUGCGUGAUUUAUUUGAUUUGUGGACACGGUGUUGAUUCAUGCGUUGGCAUGUAAAGUGUGUAGGGCUUCUUCAUCAUGUGUAUGCAUGCCUUUCCAUUGGCUUGGUCCAAUGAUUCAUGUAAUAAGGAGAAAAGAAAUGAAGAAAUUAAAAUA